AUGACCGACCAUGAAUUUCUGGCUUUGGCCGUACGACAACGACGACAAACGAUACCCCCUGAACAACAAGACUGGCUCACUACAAUUACGAGCGGAGGUUCCACAAUAACUUCUAACGAAGAUAUAUCUACGACUUCUUCUUCAACCCAAUUAUCUGCCCCAUCUUCUACAACAGAGAGCAGUUCAAGCUCGUUUAAAGCAACGACAAUCACUGAUUCUUUUCCCAUUUCGACCGUCACGCAACAGUCUACGACUUUUACAUCCUUUUCACAAUCCAUCCUCACAACCUCGAUACCCAUUUUUUCUGCCACAUCCACUAUUUCUUCCAGAACCAGCACUGCUUCUUUACCAUCUACUUCUGCUUCCGUCGCAGCAAGCUCGUCAACGCCAGCCAACCAGUUAUCCAGCAAUAGUCCAAUCUGCAUUGGAAAUGGAGUCGACUCAUCAUCAGAUGGAGUACUCGCUGCUUUGAUUCUUCCUUCUGCAAUCGGUCUUAUCAUCUGGCUACUUUUUGCCAUUUUGCGCCCACGAUAUCGACAAGUGUAUGCUUUGCGGGAGUGGUUUGUGCACCAAAAUCUUCGCCCAAAACCUCUCGGAAGUGGUUUCUUCGCCUUCUUAUUUCCCCAUGUUCCUCUCGUACCCUCUUUGCCUUCGGAUGUGUCUGAUGCUGGCCAGUCAACUUCCGGAGACACCCGCUUAUUUCCUUCCGAUGAACAACUUGCUCAGCGCGCUAUCUGGAUUAGUUUCCUUAUCGUGUUGGGGUGGUCGUUUCUUGGCCUUGUAGGAGCCCUGCCAUUAUAUUUGGUUAACAUCCCUUGCUUGGCAUCUCAACCUUCCACAUCCGUUUAUGGCGGCUCCUAUUCUGCUUUGCAGGAUCUCAGUCUCGUCAGACUGUUGAGAUCAUUUGAUGCCAGCAAUAUCUCUCCCAAUACGCUGGUCUCAAUUCAAAAACGAGCUACAGGUGACCCUCAAAACCUACGGGCAAGAAUUAUUGUUCUUACUGUACUCGUUAUUAUCCUGGCCCUUUUCCCGGCUUUAUGGAAGAUCAUACGAGAAUUCAAUAAGCUUGUUGCUUAUAGAAGUCACUGGACAGAAACAAGGUGUCAAGGAAUCGAGAUGGCGUGGUUGAGUGCGAGAAAGGCACCGGGUUUUGUGGGUUGGGGUGAGAAACAUUUCAAGGAUUUUAUUCUCAGAACCGGGUUGAGUUCUUCCUUGGAUCGGAAUGGGAACGGCGGGAAUGGGAAUGGCUCUCGAUCUGCAAGUCAACCCCGUGUCACGUCAAGGCAUUCAGAAAGAGAACCUCUCGAUGACUCCGAGAAAGCCAACUUGGAAGUAGACAUUCAGAGUCUCUUUUCCAUUUGCGAUACUCAAGCAAUUGCCCUACUGAUUGAGGAACGCGACGAAAUAUUGGAAAACUUGGAAAUUGCUGAAACGCGAUACAUCAACUCAUUCCGUCUGACCACUCCCGAUCCUUCUCUGGCCGAUUGGGAGCCUCCUGCGCCCGAAGAUUCUUCAAGGCCUUAUAUUAGCCGACCAAGGCCUUUAGGACUGAACAAAUCGCGCAGACGAGGCAAACGCUCUAAAAAUCCAGCUUUCGCUGCUUCGUCAUUGGCUCCGACCUCUUUUGUUGCGCCAUCCCAAUACUAUCGCCUCAAAGGUGUAUCAGGAGUGAGCGGCGGUCGAUUCGCGGACUCGUUGUACGGGAAGGAUCCUAGUUUCUCGGAAUCUCUCAAUUCUCGCACAGGUGGUAGCCAUUUUCAGGAGACCGUGACGAAUCGUGAUUCAAAUGCAUAUGGCCGUCUGCUUUUAGGCAGCCAAGUAAGACUUGACGAAGGGGGUGCAUUUGUUCCUGUGACGGGGGCCGGUUCAUCCACGUCUCUUCCUUAUCCGGACCCUCGAAGGUACGGGCCCAACCACGCUUUAGAGUCGUCGAAUGAGAACGAUCAAGAUGGUCUACGCACGUUGGAAGAGGAACCGGAAUGGAUGGAACUCUCGGAAGCCACACCUGACAUCGCCAGUGUCGACAACGGGGCUGCUCCCGCCGGUCCUUCCUCUUUCAAAAGACCUCAGCCAGAAAAGGUGCCUUCUGUUCGCCGGGAAACCUUCCCUUUCCGGAACAAAAGCAACACGGCCGCGGACGCAGUACCCCCGCCCCAUUUGCGUCUCCAGCCAUCUCAACCUUACGUCCGGCCCAUGGAAGGCAUCAAUUACGAAGCCCUCGGCAACAUCUACAGCUCUAUCACAGAAUGGCGAAGCAAGCUGAAAGCUAUCAAUCUUGAGAUCUCGAACGCUCAAAGGGAUAGUUACAAUGACAUUGCAGACGGCGCAAGGAUCAAGGGAUGGUUGUUGAUCGGAAGAGGACUAAGGUUUAUUCCAGGAGUUGAGCUAAUUGAAGGGAGAGCGAAAGAAGAUAUUCGAUGGGACGUGCUGCAGAAUGAGAGAACAAUGCUAGAUUCUGCUGCGAUGUGGGUUUGUACCUUUCUGGCAGCAAUAGUCGUUGCGACAGGAUUAACUGCUGCUGUUGGAUUAUCCCUGGCCACAGCUCCAGAUGUUGCUCAUUUCCUGCCCUUCCUAGCACCACUCCUGAGUGAUAACAAGUUAGGCUCCGGAAUCAUUACAAUAUUCAUACCCGCACUUGCGAUUUCAUUAUUCACUAUGGUUGCUCUCGCCUUUGUACGAUGGAUAGCCAAUAUACGUGGGUCGGCGUCUGUUUCUGGUGGACGCCUGCUGGUCUUCAAAACGACAUUUGUCUUUGUUACUUUGGUAGUGGGACUUCUGUUAAUUGCUGUCGGAGGUUUAUUAUUCGCGAUGGAAGCGUUUAGCACCGGAAUUACUCCUUCCAGAGCGGUCGCUAACGGCUCCAUUUAUAUGACUGUUUUAGCAAUGACCAUAAUCUUACAAAUUGCAAUCAUCUUUCCAGGCCUCCUUCUACUCCAGCCCCAUAGGUUAUGGAACGUAAUUAGGGCAGAAAAAAAUGCAAUCACGCCUCGUCAACGCUUUCGUUCUGUAUAUCCUCGCUCGUAUGAUCCUUCGUUUGCUAUGGGAGCAUGUAUUCUUGCUAUUGUAUUCGCAUCCACCUUUUCACUUAUAUUUCCAUUAAUCGGACCUGCCGUUGUCGUUUUGCUAUUCUUGACGCUUAUCGCACAUCGCUUCCUUAUCGGAUAUGUAUAUGCGCGAACCCUUGCCCAGACUGGUGGCUUACUUCAACUGUGGCUCCUACGCCGUUUCGCGACACUUUUAGCCUUUCAACCCAUUCUUCUGGGACUCAUAUUCCUCAGUCAGAGAUUCUGGAUCGAAGGCGGAAUUCUGGUUGGCACCGGGUGUGGGGUGAUUUUAUUCGUGGAGACUUUUGCAAUCUGGAAAACUCGUACUCCGGGAAGAAGCUCUCUCUCGCCUAUCACGAAUGAUUCUCUUGAUACGUUCCGGAGCACCGCCAGAGCUUCAAAACGUACAAGUGUGGACGAAGCUAGUACCGGAACUGGUGCUCCAGGAGGGCGGAUUCGUGGCUCCAUGGCCUCAGUUUUGGAGAUGAUGAGUCUGACCCUAGCAGUGAUGCCAUCCUCAUCUAUCACAAGGAGCCCAGUCCCGUUGCAAACGGAGACCUUAGAUGAUCUUACAGCAACAGAAAGAGCAGCGAGAACAAACCCUGAUGCUCCACCACUUUUGCCACCAUUGCCAUUCACUGACCACGCAGAAGAGAUGGCAGGUAUUUUGUAUGCACCAGAGCUUAUAGCUCCUCCUCCAAUCAUCUGGCUACCAAAUGACUCCGCAGGAGUCGCACGGUCCGAGGCUGUUGACUUGCAGAAAUACCACGACUUGGUUGUCACGUUGGAUGUUCGAACAAAGGACCAAGCGGCUGCAUUGGAACAGAGGCUGUCGUGACCAACGCUGUGCCGGCGAUGUGGACUAUCUUAUACCAUAUAAAUAUAUCCUUUUGAAUUUCUGAGCAUUUCGUUUCCGUUUAUGUGGUGUACGAGGGUUCCAGUUUCAGGAGAGCUUCCAAGAGACGGGAAAACCAAGGGGAAAACCAGUGAAAAAAUUAAAAUGAUCGUUACUAACAAUC